AACAAAUUCCUGUUUCAGCAGGUUGCCUUUAUUGGAAGGACAAGUGUUGGUAAAUCCUCUCUUAUAAAUGCAUUGUUGAACCAGAAGAAACUUGUCAGGACAUCUAAAAAGCCUGGUCACACACGACUUGUCAAUUUCUUCAACAUUGGUUCAAAGAUGUACCUUGUGGAUCUACCUGGUUAUGGCUAUGUAGCAGGCCUAGGAAGCAAGCGUGGUACUGAGCACUUUGUUAAUGUUGCAGAAUCCUACCUUAAAGAACGGGCUGGGAAAGAGUUAAGAAGUGUUUGUCUCCUUAUUGAUGGAAAAGUUGGAGUCAAGAAAAACGAUCUGAUAGCAUUUGAAAUGAUGGGAGAAUUUGGGGGCCCUUUUCAGGUUGUUCUUACAAAAAUGGACAAGCUUCCCAUAGUAAGGCAUCAAAUGAUGAUAGAAGAAGUUUACAAAAUAAAAGAAGAGUUUGGACUGAACAAUUGUUUUCCCCAUAUAUUUCCUGUAAGUGCUAAGGAGAAGACAGGAUUAUCAGAACUCAGAUACUUCAUCUGUCUGAACGUCGGAAUGAAAAAUAGCCAAAACUGGUGAAAGGAAAUGACUAGCAGGGAGCAGCAAGGAAGAGAUGUGCCGUUACAAAAGAACUAGCCAAACUACAGCUCUGGUGCAGUGCUUUUGCACCUCAACAAACGAGAGUCAACAUUUCUGUCCAGGCUCCAAGAAGAUUUAACUUGCCAAGGGGCUCACAAUACCCUCUGCUUUGGGACAUGAAAAGUCCCUUGCAGUGCGACUACUCAAACUGGACCACUUAGUAAAGAGUUAACCAGUCUGACAGUAAUCGUUUUCUCAAAUAAACCAAUGACAUUGAAGAUUACAAACAAUAGACCUUAACAAAAUUGCACACCCAACCAAGUGCGAAGUGUUGCGAACCUCUCAGGGAACUUUGCCAUUUGUUGAUUGGUUAGUUUCGAUCCUAAAUUUUGUUUGCCUUUCAACGGUUUCGGUUUAGUUGUCGCAAACUGAGUUUUCAAGCUAAAUUUUGCGAGCGAAAUUUAUGAUGAUAAUUCACCGUCAAGGUCUCUGAGAGUGUAUAUAGCGCAGAGGAGUAAAUAGCAUUUACGUAUUUCUGUCAAACAGACCGUUCCAUGUCGUGAAGUAAAGCUACCAGUCCACUGUUCCCAGGUUAGAUCAAUUCACGUUUUGCAUGGCUAGUUUUGUUCUAGUGGCCGGUUUGAGUAGUCGCAGUUCAACGAUACUUUCAAUAAUCAGACAUUCGCUGUGGAGACAAUAUCUAUAUAAAACGUACUUUAAUCAGCAUACUUUAAUAUUUGCUCUGAUUCUGUACAAAUAUAACUUUUGUUCUAUUUUUCAAGCGGAAAAUUCGGCUUCUGCUGGAAAAGAGGUCGCAAAAGGUUCCUGAACUAUAGAAACGUUAAAAAUCUGAAAAAAAAAAA